CAAUGACAGACCUUAAAUUACUAAACGACAUUCCAAAAGACAUUUACAACGUUAUACAAUUAGCAGUUUUUUGCAAGUAAAAAAUGGCUGAAUUCCCUUCGAAAAUAUGUGGAGCUUGUGAUGAUACCAAGAGAUAUACACGCGUAGCAGAUACACAUGGAGAUUAUUUAACUACCAAUACAGUGCCACGUCCUGAAUUAAUUGAAAAAGACGCCUCUGAUGUCCGGGAUAGACAAUUAACCGAAAUGGCAAUUCCUGCGUCUCGCCAACGUCCUGACCUUACAGUCUCACCAAUUAAGGAACCCGCAGUGGUUAAACCUCCAUUAGGAUUUGAAGGUUUACCAGAACCACAACGGAAAAAUACUCCAUGUUGUUGUGCUCAGGAAAAUGAUUUUCUACAAAGGAAACAAAUCUGCACUGUUGACCAAACCAAUAAUCCAUAUGCCAAACCUACAUUUGGUAACCCUGCAUUGGAAAUACAUGCACCCCUAGCACAAAACAUCAACUCAGAAGACAAUCAGUUGUAUCGCCAAGAAAUACGACCAGAGAUUAAGAGACAAAUGCAUGAACAAGCUUUAAGAGCUGUAAGACAAGGAGAAGGACCAAUUCAAACCACCAGAGAUGGUGUUCCAUUAAAAGGUAUUCUUAAAACUGUGAAAUGUCCAUGUGCCCAAGGUGGUUAUCAAUCUGCCCAAGAACGACCUGUGAUGUUUCCAAUUGCUGAUCCAAAUAAAUCACCGGAGAAAGAAGAAAAAGAUUCGGAUUCAUCCAGAGUGUGUUACCUACCAAAACCAGAGGAUUCAUUUCCGGAUAAUCGGGAAGACGCACCAGGAGGUUUAGGACCAUGGGCCACAGGUCGCGUAGACUGGGGACCUCUAGCAGGGAUAACCGGAGUUAGACCUGUGGUGUCCAAAUAUUCAAUAACAAGAUUCUCAGAGGGUGAGUGGAGAGCAAGGAAUAAAGAAGUCCUGGAUAGUAUUUGGGAUGCUUCACAUCGAGCAAACAUGCUGGACUUCAAUUCCAAAACAGCUAUAGACUCAACAUGUCGGAAUGCAGAUGAUAAUCAAAACGCAAGUACCAAACGCCUUCAACAACGAGAAUCUGAACUACAUCGCUAUAAAUGUGAAUUAGAAAGAGCCAUAUCUGCAUCAGAUGAAGAAAUCACAAAUAUCCUGGAAGCAAGAAGAAGAUUGAAGCAAUCCAUGGCGGUUUUACAAAUGCCUGAGUCUAUUACCAGUGAAUCAAUGGAUAGACGCACAGGGAGACUGGAUCCUGAACUUGUAAGAGACGAAGUUGAAGAGGAGAUUAUUCGGGAGUUAGCACUAUGUUCGGAAAUCCGUGAACAGUUUACAAGAGCAAUGGCUGAUAUAGAACAUCAACUAUUGGCUAACAAAACAGCUAAAUCACGACUGGAGAAUGACUGGUCUGAUAAACAAGAAACCAACGAAGCGGAAGCAAUCAACGUGGCUUUGAACAACAGAUCAACGGUUUUACUCUUUAAACCUGGCGCAGUUGGGUUUCCUGAUAAUCAAUCCAGUCAAGAACACUGGGAGAAAUUUACAAGGGAAACCCUUGAAGAGUCUGAACAAACUCGUCAAAGAUCUGUAACAUUACGAGGAGCUCUAGAAUCCAUUAGUAAAGAUGCCGCUAAUAACCUCCGGGCGCAGGCCGAUAAAGUAGAGAACGCUUUGCAGAGUCGCAUCAAUUGCAUGGAGGAGAUGCGCACGCGGCUGGAAAAUGAACUGCAUAAGAAUUUGAAACAAAUUGCUGAUAUUGAAACAACUAUGGUACGGUUGAGGGAUACAAUUCGCAGGUUGGAUAUUCCGUUGAAAUGCGCUCAGACAAGGUUGGAUAACCGACGGAUGCAUAGGCCACGCGUGGAGAAUUGCAGAGAUACAGGGCAUUAUGGUCUGGUUGAAGAGGUGAAGGCAAUCAAUGAUGACGUGUCGGCAUUGUCGUCACAGCUGAAGCAGGCUGAGAUUAUCCAGGCGGAUUUGAUGAUGACACGCGGAAAAUUAGAAAGGGAGAUUUUCAUCAAGAAGAAGACCUUGGAGGUUGACAGGGAUAGGAUUAUGAAGAUCAGGUCUUAUUAUCCUAGUAGACAAGCACUUCAAGGGUAUUAAUUUGAAACAAAACUAAGCAUCAUUCAAGAGAAAAAAUUUAAUUACAAAAAUUUUUUUUACAUAAAAAUUUUUGAAUAGUAAAAUCUGUAGUUGUGGAAAUAGAAAUUGUUAUUAUUUAUGAUUUUCUUGGCUAAGCUAUGAUUUCCAGUUGAAUGGAAGAAAGAGUGUUUUGUUUUCUCAAUGAAAAAAUGUAUCGAUUUCAUGUUGGAGCUGCAAAGGUGCUGGUGAUUUCAAACACAAUGGACAAAGCAAUUCCGCAGGUGAAUGGUAAACAAUAAUAAAAGGCUCUGGGGCGACGACAACAAAUCAUCCGCAGAAAGCACGACAAACAACAAAACAACGAAAACUUAACACAAAAAAAAAAGAAAGAGAAAUAUCCAAUACAAUCAUCAAUCAUUCAAUAAAUUACAUCACUUAAAUUUAAA